AGGGGCCUUGCCUUGAGGGUCUGCAGCUUCUUGGGUUGUGCUUUGUAGAAUGAAGACCAUUCUCAGCAACCAGACCGUUGACAUCCCCGAGCAAGUCAGCGUUUCACUGAAGGGCCGGACAGUCAUUGUCAAGGGCCCCAGAGGAACCUUGCGAAGGGAUUUUAACCACAUCAAUGUGGAGCUCUCUCUCUUGGGGAAGAAACACAAGAAGCUACGUGUUGACAAGUGGUGGGGUAACAGAAAGGAGCUGGCAACAGUUCGCACAAUUUGCAGCCAUGUACAGAACAUGAUAAAGGGCGUUACGCUGGGAUUUCGCUACAAGAUGAGGUCAGUGUACGCUCACUUUCCAAUCAACGUAGUUAUCCAGGAUAAUGGCUCGCUUGUGGAAAUCCGAAACUUCUUGGGAGAGAAGUACAUCCGCAGAGUGCGUAUGAGGCCAGGUGUUUCCUGUGCAGUAUCUCAAGCCCAGAAAGAUGAACUGAUCCUUGAAGGGAAUGACAUUGAAUUGGUCUCCAAUUCAGCUGCCUUGAUCCAGCAAGCCACUACGGUCAAGAACAAGGAUAUCAGGAAAUUCUUGGAUGGUAUCUAUGUCUCCGAGAAAGGAACAGUACAGCAGGCAGAUGAGUAAAACUCUUAAUAGUUGUCUGGACCCUGAAACAAACCACCGUGAGACAUUAUGUGGGCAAGUACCAGCUUUGAAGAAUCUGGUACAAAACCCAAGCACCCU